GGAACUGCCGUAUCUUCAUAACUGGCCCGAACAACUUGAACGAAACGGACGAGCUUUUAGCCUUAAGUACUGCGAACCAACCUGUAAGGCACUCUUGGCAGACCACGUCUUCCGCUUCGUCGAUACGUCCCUCCGUUUAUUUUGCAGACCUUGAUGUAGACCUGGCAUUACCAAGUCCGUCAGCCCCAGAAUUCAAGCACCGACCGAGGGCGUCGAUGGCGAGCAUGGCGUCCUUCAUGACAGAUAACUCAGCAGAUGCCGUUCUUCCACGUUCCCAGUUUGCAGACCUCCGACGCUCGCUAUCCUCAGGGUCUCGUCGCCCCCACCCCGACUCGCUCACCAAGGACGAGCAGUGGGACGAGGACGAGCGAUGGAACGAGGACGUUCUCGAUGCUUACUUUUAUGGCAUGGCUUUCGACCAAGCGCGAGCUUCGAGGCCUGAGACCAUCGCGAUAUCGACAGAUUCCAUACGUCCGCACUCCCCUGCACGCUCUGAGACUCCCAUCGGCGAACCGUCAUCUUCCACUGCGACAUCCAGCUCUGAACACUUCUCCAAUCCCGACAACGGCUACGCGUUCUCCCCGAAACGUUCUUCCAUCGCCACGUCUAUCUCGAGCGAUUCUGCGACAUCCUACCAGGACGGGACGAUCUCGAUCAAGGCGAUGCACAAUAACAGUAUUAUAGUGUUGCGUACUCCCCGUACUUUGUCUUUUGAUGAAGUACGCCAGAAAAUCUACGCUAAAUUUGUGGGUCAGGAAGGAGCCCCUCUAUCUGAAUCCUUCGCGGUAGCGCAUUUAGUGACGCCUGAUAAACCAAAGGCUGUAGCGGGACGCACCCGAUCAAACUCCUUGUCUGCUAUCGGGAGCGCAGAUCAGGCUCAGCUCGAUUUCAUAUCUUCACAGGAAGAAUGGGACCAAGUCGUGGCUUCCAACAUCAAGAACAAAAUAUUACUUCGCGUUAUAGGCACCAAAGGCUCAUAGGAGGCUCGUGCACGAACUGUUUUAACAUUAUUGCUUUCGUUCCUUUCAUCAAUUUUUUUUUCGGUUUCAUUCUACAUUACUGUACGACGCUCUUUAUCUUCGUAUUCGAGUUGGUGCUGUAUGCUUUAGCGUUGUCACUGAUGUUGCGAUAUGUAUUGUCGUGUGUUCUUGUAGAUUUAUUCGUUCUUGGUCUUCACCUGCCCAUCUUGCCUUGUAUUAGAUAGCAUUCAAUAUAACCAUCAUGACUAUACACUGG